CUACGAAGAGAAGGAAUGAGACAAUAUGGGGAAUGCUUGAAUUCCUGCCCAUCGGGGUUCUAUGGUGUUCGAGCCCCAGACAUGAACAGAUGUUCAAGAUGCAGAAUAGAGAACUGUGAUUCUUGUUUCAGUCAAGACUUUUGCACCAAAUGCAAACCUGGGUUUUCUCUCUCCCGAGGCCGUUGCUUUGGGGAAUGUCCCGAUGGUUUGGUCCGUUUAGAUGAAACUAUGGAAUGUGUGGUAGGUUACCAAGUGGGCCCCUGGAGCGAGUGGGCAGUUUGCAGCACAAAUAACAAGAACUGCGGAUUUAAGUGGGGUUUGGAAACAAGAACAAGGCAAAUUGUUAAAAAGCCAGCAAAAGACACGAUACCAUAUCCCACCAUUGCAGAGUCCAGAAGAUGCAAAAUGGCCUUGAGACACUGCCCAGGAGGAAAGAGGACACCGAAGAAAAAGGAUAAGAAGAAGAAAAAAAAGAAUUUAAUGGAACAAGCUCAGAAGCAGCACAGUUUUUUCCUAGCUAUAGACCGAGCUAGUCAAUAGAGACAUUU